AUGCAUGGAGCGAUCCAAUCAUAUUUAGGUAUUUUAACCAAAGCUCUUCUCUCAACUACCAAAGAAACUGUGUUGAAGGAAUUCCAUGAACAGAGAGCUCUCAAGAUUAUCUCUGGUUUGCAGAAUUUUAAUAAAGAGAAUGUUGCUUCAGUUGUUACUGCUGCAGACAAGGUUUGUGUUUCUUCUGUGGAACCAGCAGCAUUUCUAGCUGCUGCUGAAGCAGGAGCACUGAUGGUGGAAAUUGGAAAUUACGAUUCGUUUUAUGACCAAGGAACAAUCUUCUCUCCAGAGCAGAAGAAACUUGUGCAGAUAUUAAAUCUGACGAAGGAGACUAAGAGGAUCCUUCCAUCUGUGACAUUAUCAGUCACUGUGCCUCACACCCUAAGUCUCCCUGAUCAGGUCAAGCUCGCAGAGCGAUUAGAACAAGAAGGUGUUGACAUUAUACAGACUGAGGGAGGAAAAUGUUCUAAUCCUUCAAAAUCUGGUGUUCUUGGUUUGAUUGAGAAGGCAACUCCAACCUUAGCAGCAGCAUAUUCUAUUUCAAGGGCUGUCAAGAUUCCUGUUAUGUGUUCUUCUGGACUCAGCUCAGUUACAGCUCCAAUGGCCAUCACAGCAGGGGCAGCUGGUGUGGGUGUGGGCUCAGCAAUUAACAAGCUAAAUGACGUGGUAGCGAUGAUUGCAGAAGUCAGAAGCAUUGCAGAUUCUUUAGGCAUUUCAGCUUAUAGAUACACCUCAUCUGAAGAAAAAUCUUUGACAUUGUAA